AUGCGGUUCAAGGCGACACUAUCAGAUGUUCUUCUCUUCGGUUUACUCGACCCAGUGGUUAGCGCUCAAAACGUGACCUACAUUCCGAAUACCUAUAUUGUGGAACUUGAACAUGCUCCCAGCACCAAAGCGGCAUCUCUUUUUUCUCAGCGACUCGGUGGAAGGAUGAAGUAUCAUGUCCGCAAGGAGUUCAACAAUGCCGAACUUUUCUAUGGCUUAUCUCUGACGGUUACAGAUGGGAUAACUCAGAGAUCUGAUCUAUUGGACAUUACCGGUGUUAAGAAUGUCUGGCCGGUUAGACUUGUGCCGCGCCCAGAAGCAUUCGUGGCCGCUGUGCCAAAUCCACCAAGCAAUAAUACUAUUCCACACAUUAGAGGUAACUCCGACGUUAACAGGCCGCUCAAAAUGGCUGGAGUGGAUAAGUUGCAUGAAAGGGGAAUCAAGGGCAAAGGUGUGAAGAUUGGUAUUAUUGAUACUGGAGUGGACUAUCUGCAUCCGUCGCUUGGUGGUGGCUUUGGACCAGGUUAUAAGAUAUCUUUUGGCUACGCCUUGGUUGGAGAUGACUACACUGGAACCAAUACUCCGGUUCCGGAUGACGACCCUUUGGUUACCUAUGCAGUUGGGGGACAUGGCACUCAUGUUGCCGGUAUUAUUGGGAUGAUUGAUGCCCAAAACCAAGGCUUUGGUCUUGUGGGAGUUGCUCCGGAGGCGACCAUUGGUAUGUACCGAGUGUUUGGAUGCAGUGAGAACUCUGGAGACGACGUCAUCAUGGCGGCGAUGCAACAGGCUGCAGAAGAUGGUGUCGACCUUAUCACCAUAUCUCUUGGCAGCCUGUCGUAUUGGGAGCAAGCAUCCCCAUAUGUUUCUCUGGCUGAAAGCAUCGUAGAGAGUGGUGUGGCUAUCAUUGCUGCUCUUGGGAAUGACGGCGACCUUGGGCCUUAUGCAGUCUCUGCGCCAGGCCUGGCUCCGGAAGUUUUGGCUGUAGGUUCUGUGGAGAAUGAAGUCUAUCCAACGGUAUACAAAGCGCAAAAUAAUAUCGGCGGUUCAUUGGAAUACAUUCGCGGUCUGGACUUCCCUGUCACAGACCUACAAGCUGGAGGCUGCGACACCAGAGUCUGGACAGCUGCGCAGAAUGCAAUCACAGAUGGAGCAAAUACAGCGGUAUUGAUCUAUCUCACAAAAUUGUGUUCGCUCAGCGCAUACUCACCGGAACUAUCAGCACUCAAUGUGACAACCGUCAUCUACUCUACAGACGAUCCAGACAUACCAGUUCUUUUGCCAGAGCCAGACACAGUAGGUCAAUUUACUGUUCUCUUCCUUUCAUACAACCAGUCGCAGCAGAUAGUCAGUGAUAUUGAGAUCCUCGCUACCGGAAAAGAAUAUACGCUACUCUUUAACUCAUCCACGAUACAAGAUUCUCUCAACUCGGCUGGUCAUGCCAUCGACUACUUCUCUUCCAUCGGUCCGACCGUGGAAAUGACACUUAAGCCCCAGCUCUCUUCUCCUGGUGGCAAUAUUCUGUCUACAUACCCGCGCUCAGCUGGUGGUUACGCCGUCUUGUCUGGCACAUCAAUGGCUGCACCCUUUACUGCCGGCGUCUAUGCAUUGGUCAAAUCACAGCGGCCGGAUCUCAGCGUCGCAGAGAUUAUAUCGCUUCUACAGUCAACCGCGGUACCGAUGAAAGCGUUAGAUAUGGACAUCAUCUCUUCUGUCACACAGCAAGGCAGUGGACUGAUCAACGCGUACGCCGCCGUGGCCGCCGACUCCCAAAUUUCGCCCUCUCAGCUGAGUUUACUCGACUCACCAAAGCCGACAAAACAGACGAUCACGAUCAAAAACACAUCCAAGAAACUCAAAAACCACUCUAUCUCUCACUCUGGUGCAUCAUACAUUCGUACUUUCAACAACUUCACUGCAGGCUCGGACCAGGCGUUCUUCAAGUUUACCAACGUCCAUGAGGCUAGGUAUGCUACCGCCAAAUUCUCCAAAUCGAAACUAUCCCUGCAGCCGAGAAAGUCGGCAAAGAUCGAAGUGCAAUUUACAGCUCCCGAUGAGCCGCAGCCAUACUCGGAACCCAUCUACUCUGGCCAUAUCAAGAUCGCCACCGACAGCAGCAGCUACGUGGUUCCAUAUCUCGGGGUGCCGUAUAGUAGAAGCGACACAGAAUAUAUUGCGCGCAAUACCACGGCAUGGGUUGGAAAUGACAGACCCUAUGUAGGGUCAGACUCGACUAGUCCUGGCGUGGUCAACAUUGGCAACUAUAGCAUCCUUGGCAGCGAUGGCUCUGUCCCCCCUGAUAUCAACGUGCCGAUUGUGAACUUUAUCAUUGUGCAGCCAAGCAAUCUCAUUCGCCUCGAAAUUGUGCCCGUCAACACAACUUUCGUACCUACAUACUAUGGCUUUGACCCGUCUGUCAAGUUUGAUGUUGCAGACGUGGAUCUACCACUGCAGGAGGGCUUCCUCGGGGUUCCAAAUUACGGAAUUAUGGCGCAAUGGGGUAUUGGGCAUAUCCCUCCCGGCAUUAGUGUCGCAUCUCUUCUUGGUUGGCCGUAUCCCAACACCGUCACCGGAUUCAUCUUGCUCUAUCCAUUUCUCACGCACGAGAAUGGCACUGGUUUUGACCUUACAUCUGGUGCCUUCCGGCCCUUGCUACGCGUUUUGCGUUAUGGCGCAAAUGGCACAAGUGCUGACGAGUACGAGUCGUGGUUAGGCCCUAUCAUGAAUGUGAAGACGUCGUAAAAGGGGUUGCAUUUCGGUAGGGUUUUCCGGAGUGAGAUGAAGAAUCGGCAGAUACGUUAGUGCUGUUUGUAUGAGGUAUAGCCGUAUCUACAUGUUAUCUACAUGUAUGUACAUGUGCUCUGCAAUAUGCAUGUCGUUCUGAGUCUAGAGAUCAAGGCUCCGGAAAUACUAGAUAGUUACGAGAUAGCCACACAAGUAUCGCGC